UCACAUAAAUGUUUUCUUUUUUUCAUUUCUUUUAUUUCUUUCUUUUUUUUUGUUACUUCACUGAAUCCCGUGGUUUCGCGAAUUCGCUCAGAAAACAACAAUGGCUGAAAUCGAAUCUGUAUAAAAUGUUUUCUAAAUUAUUUAGAUCAAUUUUAAAAUUAAAACUCAUCAGUGUUAACAAUUAACUUGUGUUGAAAACUUUUCUCAAGCUGUAAUUGAAAGAAUAAAAUACUACAUUGAAGAUAAAUUAUGGAAUUUACACAGGUUGACUAAAAAAUUCGGCAAAAUGAAUGGAUUUAGCAGAAACAAUGAAAAAUAUUGUUGCUAAAGGAAUGCAAACAGAGAUGGGCCCACCAGGAUCAGGAACUGGAGGAGGUGGCGGAGGUGCUGGAGCUGCUGGAGGCAGUAGUUCUGGGUACCCAAGCUCUCCAAGUGGAGCUGGUUACAUUACUGAAAAAAUGUAUAUGCUGUUGCAAUUGUAUCUCCAAAACAAAGGUUGGAGUCCAAGCAUGGAAUUGCUUCAAUGUUUCUCGGAAUUGAAAGAAGCCUCAAUGCUUCCUAGUGCAGCUUAUUUACAAAUGAUGGCAUCUAGAGUUGCUUUAGAUGCUCAUGGACGCCUAAUUCUUCGCGAGAAUGGAAAAAUAAUUCUCCCAUACGAACAUUUUGCAAAUGCUGUGAUGCUGAAGCACAUGAAUGGUCAUACAGGAUUACAUCUGGGUUUGGAAGGUACAGUGAGAGCAGUCAUGGAAUCAUAUACAAUUGGAAGAGAGUGUUUUGGAAUGGAAAAGGAGUUUAUAAUAGAAGUGGUUCAAAAUUGUCCAAACCCUGCCUGUCGUUACUACAAAAAUCAAUUAGAAUUAACGCAGAAAAUGGGUCAUAUGGGGCCUACUUACAUUCAAGAUAAUGAAGCAGCUACGUCGCUUUUGCGUUCGAGUUUUUCUCAUAAUACAGACUUUGCGUCUCUCAGUAAUUCAGCAUCGAAUACUCACAUGUCAGCUUCGUCGAGUGAUCUGCCAGAAAUACGUGCAAACGCCAAUAUGAAUCUCCAACGUCCACCCAGUCGUCCAUCAUUGAAUAUUCCACAUAGACCUUCAUCUCAAGAAAGAAAACCUAUUGCAAAACAUCAUUAUGAGCCUCACCUUUCAAAUAACUCGUUAUCAGAUCAUAAAAUAUCAGAUUUCUUGCGAUCGAAUAUCGAUAGUUUGGAGGGAUUAAGUAGUUUAGGAUUGGGAAAUUUACAAGGAUUAGGAAAUGCUAAUAAAGAUCUCCUAGCUUUACAUAAUGGUGCUUGGGCUACUGAAGAUAAGAACUCACGAUCAUCCAAUAACUCUGAAAGUGGUGGGGGAAAAAUAGUACGAGCUUUUGCUGAAGUAAUGAAAAACAUGUCAAGAAUGAAGGCUUGCGUACGUCCAGCAAUGUGUAAGCCUUAUGGUAAGCAGUCGGAAGCUUUACAAAAAACACUUGUCGAUACAAUACAAUUGGUACAAUCUCUUAGAAGUUUUUUGCCACCACCACACUUCCCAGUUUCAAGCUGGAAAAAUGAAGAUAAACACAGAUUAGAUCAUACUAGUGCGGCAUAUUUACCUCCUUCGUUUUUUAGGAAAGCCAGUGCAUUAGAGGAACUCUGUGAAGCCCGCAAACUGGAUUGAGCUUUUGAAUAAUCAUCAAAAAUAAGUACAUAAGGGUACUAAAGUGUUCUAGUCACAAGGAGUCAAUGAAAAAGGAAUGUGAAAGGAUGGCUGAUGAGCCAGAACUGUUUUGCUCAAAAGUGUUGGCGUUUAGGACUUUUGAUGAAGUGGGUGGCAAAAAUAAGUCAUGCGUGGACUGUGAUAAAAGUGGGUAGUCGAAAAAAAUUUAUCUAGGUCUGAAAUCGAAUUUUGAUUGUAAAAAAAUUUGAACUCUCGUUUUUAAUAUCAAAGAUAUUAUUUUAAUUUUAAUACUAAUGCCCUGCCAGUGGUGCUUAUUGAGUACGAGUGCAAGAUGUUGGACAAAACCUGGAUAAUCUUGCUACUGGCAAUGUACUGAUAAAUUUUAACAGUAUUUAUAAUUAUAACUUUAUUGUUAUCUGAUUAAGUCUUUUUCAAUCCAAAUAGUCUGGAAAACUAGUAGGAUGUUUAAAAAAAAAUAUCUCAAAAUUGUCUCCGAAUUAUAUAAACUCGGAAUCAUUCCUGAGGUUCUUAUUAUAUUCAAUUUAUAUAACAUUAAUAAUAAAUCAAUAAUUUUAUAAGAAAGAUAAUUUUUUAUUGUAGUUUACACUUGAUAAUGAUGAUUAAUUUUAUUAAAAUGUUAUGUAAUUGAUUUUGGAAAAUUUAAUAGAAGUACUAUGACUAUUUGGAUCGAAAAAGACUUCAUCAGAUAAUGAUAAAAUAAAAAUAUUAUUAAACCAAUCUUGAGGAAUUUUAAUUAAAGUAUUUGUAAUAUAUAUUUUUAGAAAAAGAAAUAAUGAAAAAAAGUCCUAAGAAUUUUUAACUAAACGAGGUUGAUAUUUUGGCAUUAAAAAUUAAUAUAACGUAUUAUUAUGAACCUCGUAUACUCUAUGACUGAACUAUCAAAGUUCUACAUAAUUUAUUUAUUUAAAUAAUUAAUAAUUAAUGAUGAUAAUAGGAGGAUUAUAAUAAUCCAACUGAUUUUUGUUAUAAAAUAUAAAGUUUUAUUAUUUAUACUUUCUUAUAGUUAAAAAAAAAUGUUUUCAACAAAUUUUAAAUGAAAAUAAUUAUAAAAGUAAUAUUAAACAUAUGUAAGCUCCACAGGCAGGUCUUUGAAUUGAUACGAAUGAAUAAGUCGACUAAACAAUUAAAUAACUAAUGAGUUAUUGAUUUUAAA